UAUUGCUUCAGGGCUUUGCUGCUAGCUCAGUUCUCAGCCAGCCCCGGCUCAGCCGGGUCAGACCUUUCUUAUCUGGCUCUAGAAUUUCUCUUUCCUUUCUCUCUGCUUCUAAGCCAGGCUUUUGCAAUCCUAACCUAACGCCCCGGGCCACCUUUCUCCCUUCUCUCCUUCUCCACUCGGAGACACCUUCCUUCUUUCUUCCCUCCGGUCUCCUCCACCCUGGGCCACCUUCCUUCCGUUUUCCUUUCAGUCCUCAGCCUGGGUUCUGGUGGCCUGUCCCUGCCUCUGCCCCCGCUCCUGACUGGGACAUACAUGUGAGGGCGGUGGGACAGGGAGGUGCAGGUAGCCCCUAUGGAGAGCGGCGGAGUGGGCAGCGGCGUUUCCCCCAUUGGGGCGCCUUCGGCCGCGACGGAACAGCCUCAGCAAACCCAGCAGCAGCCGCCCCAGCAGCCUCACCCCGGGGGAGAUGCCGGGGAGCUGGCUGGAAACGGGCUGGAUGGGGCAGGGGUGGCCCCCGACGGCGGGGAGGGCAGUGGUGGGUGCCAGUCGGGAGGCCGCCAGCGCUCUCUGCGCGCGGUCUAUGUGCUCAACGACAGCCCCAAGGGCGGGGCGGGGUGCAGCCCCGAGGCUGGGGCUCUGCAGUGCCUCCAACGGGCAUGUGAGGCGGAGGGGGCCCACCUUGCCACCGUCAACUUCGGGGAGCUGGACUUCGGGGAGACUGCGGUGCUGGACACCUUCUACGAUGCAGAUGUUGCUGUGGUAGAUAUGAGUGACAUUUCCAGACAGCCGUCACUCUUCUAUCACCUUGGUGUACGGGAAAGCUUUGACAUGGCCAAUAAUGUUAUACUCUACUACGAUGUGGAUGCAGAUACUGCUCUCUCACUUAAGGAUAUGGUCACUCAGAAAAACACAGCAUCUAGUGGGAAUUAUUAUUUCAUCCCAUACAUUGUAACACCUUGUGCUGAUUACUUUUGCUGUGAAAGUGAUGCCCAGCGGAGAGCCUCAGAGUAUAUGCAGCCCAAUUGGGACAACCUCCUAGGCCCACUGUGUGUUCCCUUGAUGGACAGGUUUAUCAGUCUUCUCAAGGACAUCCAUGUUACCUCAUGUGCUUAUUACAAGGAAACUUUGUUAAAUGACAUUCGGAAAGCCAGAGAAAAAUAUCAGGGUGAUGAACUGGCAAAGGAACUAGCCAGAAUUAAACUCCGUAUGGAUAAUACUGAAGUCCUGACAUCAGACAUUGUCAUUAAUCUGCUGUUAUCGUACCGUGAUAUCCAGGAUUAUGAUGCUAUGGUAAAACUGGUGGAAACAUUGGAGAUGCUGCCUACCUGUGAUCUGGCCGAUCAGCAUAAUAUCAAGUUCCACUAUGCCUUUGCACUAAACAGGAGAAACCAUGCCGGUGACCGAGGGAAAGCACUGCAAGUGAUGCUUCAGGUUCUCCAAACCUGUGAUCAUCCUGCUCCAGAUAUGUUCUGCCUGUGUGGGAGAAUCUAUAAGGACAUAUUCCUUGAUUCAGACUGCAAGGAUGUGGAAAGCAGGGACUCUGCCAUUGAAUGGUACCGAAAAGGAUUUGAGCUCCAGUCGUCUCUUUACUCUGGAAUUAAUCUGGCUGUUUUGCUGAUAGUUGCUGGACAACAAUUUGAAACUUCUAUGGAACUGAGGAAAAUAGGUGUCCGGCUGAAUAGUUUGCUGGGAAGAAAAGGAAGCUUGGAAAAAAUGAACAAUUACUGGGAUGUUGGUCAGUUCUUCAACGUGAGCAUGUUGGCCAAUGACAUAGGGAAAGCAGUGCAAGCAGCAGAGAGGCUAUUUAAACUCAAACCUCCAAUCUGGUAUCUGCGGUCAUUAGUUCAGAACUUGCAGCUAAUUCAGCGUUUUAAGAAACUCACCAUUGAACACUCUCAUAGACAGGAGCUGCUUAACUUUUGGUUGGAUAUAAUUUUUGAGGCAACAAAGGAAAUCACGAAUGGACUGAGAUUUCCGGUUCUAGUGAUCGAGCCAACUAAAGUCUACCAGCCUUCUUAUGUUUCCAUAAACAAGGAGGCAGAGGAGAGAACUGUCUCUUUAUGGCAUGUCUCACCCACAGAAAUGAAACAAAUUCAUGAAUGGAAUUUUACAGCCUCCUCCAUUAGGGGAAUAAGCAUAUCCAAGUUUGAUGAACGGUGUUGUUUUCUUUAUGUCCAUGAUAACUCUGAUGACUUUCAAAUUUACUUUUCUACUGAAGACCAGUGCAGUAGGUUUUGCUCUUUAGUCAAAGAGAUUAUAACGGAUGUGGUGGGCUGCACGGUGGAAUUAGAAGGGGAGAUUGAUGGCGACACAUUAGAGUAUGAAUAUGAUUAUGAUGAGAAUGGUGAAAAAGUGGUCCUGGGGAAAGGCACGUAUGGAAUUGUAUAUGCCGGGAGAGAUCUUAGCAACCAAGUUCGAAUAGCUAUCAAAGAGAUACCUGAGAGAGACAGUAGGUACUCUCAGCCUUUACAUGAAGAGAUAGCCCUGCACAAGUAUUUGAAACAUCGCAACAUUGUCCAAUAUCUAGGCUCUGUUUCAGAAGAUGGCUACAUUAAAAUCUUUAUGGAGCAGGUGCCUGGAGGAAGUCUUUCUGCCCUUCUGAGAUCAAAAUGGGGCCCAAUGAAAGAACCUACAAUAAAAUUUUAUACCAAGCAGAUAUUGGAGGGCCUUAAAUAUCUCCAUGAAAACCAGAUAGUUCAUAGGGAUAUAAAGGGUGAUAAUGUUUUAGUAAAUACUUAUAGUGGAGUGGUGAAGAUUUCUGACUUUGGGACUUCCAAACGACUCGCGGGAGUGAAUCCGUGCACAGAGACCUUCACGGGCACUCUACAAUAUAUGGCACCUGAGAUCAUUGAUAAGGGUCCUCGAGGAUAUGGUGCCCCUGCUGACAUCUGGUCCCUGGGCUGUACCAUCAUUGAAAUGGCAACAGGCAAGCCUCCAUUUCAUGAGCUCGGGGAACCUCAAGCAGCUAUGUUUAAAGUGGGCAUGUUCAAGAUACACCCAGAGAUCCCAGAAUCACUAUCAGCAGAAGCCAGAGCCUUCAUUUUAUUCUGUUUUGAACCUGACCCGAACAGACGAGUCACAGCCUCUGACCUGCUGAAGGACACGUUCUUGAAGCAGGUGAACAAGGGCAAGAAAAACCGAAUUGCUUUCAGACCUUCAGAUUACGCUAGGAGUGUAUCCCUUCCUCUGCCUGUCCAAGGCGAACAAGCGGGUGGCAGCAGCAGCAGUGAACACGGCUCCAUUUCCCCAGACUCGGAUGUGCAACAUGCCUUCUUUGAGAAGACAAAGCGGUCGGUGUCAGAUGUACAAGCUAAGCAUCACCUCUCCCAGUUACUGAGUGUUCCCGAUGAGAACUCUAUCUCUGAAGAUCGUAGCAUGUCCCCGUCCCUGGAGGACAGAGACUCUGGGCUCUUCCUGCUGAGGAAGGACAGUGAACGCCGGGCCAUUCUAUACAAAAUCCUCAGAGAGGAACAAGAUAAAGUGGCCUCGAACCUACAGGAGUGUGUGGCCCAGAGUUCUGAAGAGUUGCACCUUUCAGAUGCCCACAUCAAGCAGAUAAUUGGGAUUUUGAGAGACUUCAUACGCUCCCCUGAGCACAGAGUUAUGGCAUCUACUAUCUCUAAGCUAAAAGUUGAUCUAGAUUUUGACAGCACUUCCAUCAAUCAGAUUCAUUUGGUGCUGUUUGGAUUUCAGGAUGCGGUGAGUAAAAUCUUGCGGCAUCAUUUAAUCAGACCCCAUUGGAUGUUUGCAAUGGAUAACAUCAUCCGUAGAGCAGUGCAGGCUGCUGUGACUAUUCUCAUUCCAGAGCUUCGAGCCCACUUUGAGCCAGCCUCUGAAAUGGAAGGAGUAGAUAAGGAUGCAGAUGAGGUAGAAGAGGAUUGCCAGCCUGGAGAUCCAAAUGGAAAUGAAGAAUCCAUUGUAGCUUCUGGAGUGAGUCGGGCUGGCUCUGUAUUAACUCUGGAAUCUCAACAGCAUCACAAACUUAACCUUCAGCUGAGCAAGCUUAGACAAGAAACCAACAGGCUUCUGGAACACUUGGUUCAAAAAGAGAGAGAAUACCAGAAUUUCUUACGGCAGGCUCUUGAGCAGAAAACUCAAGAACUGUACCUUCUUCAGUUACGGUCCAAAAGUACUGAUAAUCUGGUUAUUCCAAUACGACCUCUUGAAUCACAGGUACAAAGGGCAGACAGUGAGCUCACAGACUGGUUGAAACUUCAAGGAGCUGAUACUAAUACAAUUGGAAAGAUUGUUGAAGAGGGUUACACACUUUACGACAUUCUUAAUGAUAUCACUAAAGAAGACCUACGAUAUCUCGGACUUCGUGGUGGUCUUCUCUGCAGAAUCUGGAACACAGUCUCAAAGCACAGACAGCAAGCUUGUGAACCCUCACAAAUCAAAUAGCAGGUUUAAUUACAGUAAAAAACAAAACAAAACAAUAAUAAAUAACUGUGGAAAUGUUAAAACAUUCCACAUCUUUCUUUGUUAAACUUCUUGUAAAUAUGUGUACAAAUUCUACUUUUGUGCAAUACUGUUCAAUUGUUUACUGUUCAAUUAACAAUUUAGGAAUUUAAUUCUAAACAGAUAAUUAUUUUACAAAAAUGGAUGUCAUUUAGAACAUAUGUAAUAAUGAUACAUUUAUGAAAACUGAAAUAAAUACGUAGACACAACAUAUAUAAAAAUUGUAUCCUAAAGGAAUCUUGGUUUAGAUAUGCCAGUGUAUCCUGACUUUUUUAAAGAACAAUUUUAAUUUACUAAUUGAAAUAUAUACAUUUGCAUUUUAUAGCACUUGCUGGGAGAGUGAAAGAGAAGGUAUUCUUAUAAUAAAAUAACCAUUAAUUGUUAGUACUGUAGUUUUACAAAGAUAGGCUUAUUAGCAUAUAAUUAGCAAAGGAAUAGUUCCUAUUAUACUUAAAAACCUGAAAUUUAAAUGUAAAUAUAUAAUUUUCAAGAGAAAAACCAUCUUUGUGUUUAUAUAUAAAAGAAAGUAAAUUAUUUGAUUUUUUUCCCCACUUGUUAUUUUUAAAAGCAUGAUUUAUUUGGGAAUGAAAUUCAACACUUCAUCCUUCCAAAAAAUGAAAAUAAAGGUAGAUGCAAUUGUUCUAAUAAAAUCAGUCAUGAUUUCUAAUCUCCAUCUUUAAAAAAAGGCUUAAACUGUAGAAUAACCACACAAACUAAUUAACUGGUUCUGUUCCUUUAAUAGAACAAUUAACAUAAUAUACAAACAUAGCAUGGAUGUAACUAGUUACCUUUGAAUUUAAGGUAAUGAAUUUAGCAUCUUUUUUUUUUUUGGUGAGGCAACAGGGGUUAAGUGACUUGCCCA